AUGUCUUGUCAAAUGAUGCAUUUAUUUCAUGUGACCUUUGAGGGUGGAAAUUAUUGGUCGUCGCUGUCUCACUUUGAAUAUCGUCAUGUCUGUUUUGAAGCCAAUGUUGAUGUUGCUAAACUCCUGGUUUGGCUAGAAGAUAGAGUUAUAUGUUCUCUUCCAAUUAGCGAUCGUUUCAGAGAUGUUGAUUCCGAGAUUUGGCCAAAUUACAUCGACUCGGGUGUCUGUGUCCUGAUUGAAAAAAUGCUGUCAAAAGAAGCCUUAAAACGGGCUAGUGAGGAACACGGUGAAAAGGUUGAGUUAUUGGAAAUAGAAGACAUAUUUUUGGGGUUUGAUGUCGACGAUCCAGCUUUACGACCCGCUGCUGUCGCUCUUCGCCUCUUACAUGUUUCAGAACUGCGCAACUUGCAAGACCUAAUAAACUUUGCGAUCGUCAAGGUUCAGCAACUAACAGCGGACCCAAAGACUGAUGAGAAGCUUGGCCAAGUUGGAUUUUGA